AACGACAUGUGCUAUAAAGAUGGCCUUAUACUGCCUCCAAGGCAUAUCCAGAAUCGUUGGACUGCAAGGUGAAUCUUCAGAGCAGAGAUGUCAGCUGCAACUCUUCUGUCAGUCUUUGCAUUCCUUCUAAUUUCCUGCGUGCCACAGACGGAAGCACAAGCUGGUCAAGUAUGCGUCGUUCAAAUGACGGACAACGUUGAUGAGGACAAGGGUCCAGUCAUUUUCCAGUUCGUUCGAAAACAAGGCUCAGUUGGAACCGUCACUGUCAGUUACACCUUAGCAGAUGUAACAACAGAACCUGAGGACAUCAUUGGGGACAGGACCGGAACAAUCACGUUAGCCGAUGGCGUGACGGCGGCGAAUCUUUCAGUUCAAAUCAAUGACGAUACGAUAGAGGAAGACAGCGAACAGUUCUCCAUUACACUGACUGGUGGAACAGGCCCCGAAUCGAUAGCGACUGCCAUCAUCUUUGAUAAUGAUGUUUAUUCCACUUGGGGAGAAUGGGUCGGUGACUGCAGUGGCACUGUGACGUGUGGUCCAGCAAACAAAACAGAAACGAGGACAAGAGCUUGUGUUGCAGUUGUUCCCCCAUUGUGUGUGCAGUCACUCACUGAGAACCGAACUGUGGAUUGUAACCUACCAGACUGCCCCAUUAUCACUCCUUGGUCCGAAUGGACUGAUAAUGGAACUUGCUCAACGACCUGUGGCCCUGGCACACGGAUGCAGUUUCGGAACCGAACCUGUACCGCUAAUUGCCCGGCUGACUUCACAGCAGUUGAGACGAGAACUGUCGAUUGUCAGAUUUGUACAUGUCCAGUUAUCAGCAUGUGGUCCGAAUGGACUGAUAAUGGAACUUGCUCAACGACCUGUGGGCCUGGGACGAAGAUGCAGACGAGGACCCGGACUUGUACCGGUUCCACCUGUUGCCCGGCUGACUUCACAGCAGUUGAGACGAGAACUGUCGAUUGUCAGAUUUGUACAUGUCCAGUUAUCAGCAUGUGGUCCGAAUGGACUGAUAAUGGAACUUGCUCAACGACCUGUGGGCCUGGGACGAAGAUGCAGACGAGGACCCGGACUUGUACCGGUUCCACCUGUUGCCCGGCUGACUUCACAGCAGUUGAGACGAGAACUGUCGAUUGUCAGAUUUGUACAUGUCCAGUUAUCAGCAUGUGGUCCGAAUGGACUGAUAAUGGAACUUGCUCAACGACCUGUGGGCCUGGGACGAAGAUGCAGACGAGGACCCGGACUUGUACCGGUUCCACCUGUUGCCCGGCUGACUUCACAGCAGUUGAGACGAGAACUGUCGAUUGUCAGAUUUGUACAUGUCCAGUUAUCAGCAUGUGGUCCGAAUGGACUGAUAAUGGAACUUGUUCAACGACCUGUGGGCCUGGGACGAAGAUGCAGACGAGGACCCGGACUUGUACCGGUUCCACCUGUUGCCCGGCUGACUUCACAGCAGUUGAGACGAGAACUGUCGAUUGUCAGAUUUGUACAUGUCCAGUUAUCAGCAUGUGGUCCGAAUGGACUGAUAAUGGAACUUGCUCAACGACCUGUGGGCCUGGGACGAAGAUGCAGACGAGGACCCGGACUUGUACCGGUUCCACCUGUUGCCCGGCUGACUUCACAGCAGUUGAGACGAGAACUGUCGAUUGUCAGAUUUGUACAUGUCCAGUUAUCAGCAUGUGGUCCGAAUGGACUGAUAAUGGAACUUGCUCAACGACCUGUGGGCCUGGGACGAAGAUGCAGACGAGGACCCGGACUUGUACCGGUUCCACCUGUUGCCCGGCUGACUUCACAGCAGUUGAGACGAGAACUGUCGAUUGUCAGAUUUGUACAUGUCCAGUUAUCAGCAUGUGGUCCGAAUGGACUGAUAAUGGAACUUGCUCAACGACCUGUGGGCCUGGGACGAAGAUGCAGACGAGGACCCGGACUUGUACCGGUUCCACCUGUUGCCCGGCUGACUUCACAGCAGUUGAGACGAGAACUGUCGAUUGUCAGAUUUGUACAUGUCCAGUUAUCAGCAUGUGGUCCGAAUGGACUGAUAAUGGAACUUGCUCAACGACCUGUGGGCCUGGGACGAAGAUGCAGACGAGGACCCGGACUUGUACCGGUUCCACCUGUUGCCCGGCUGACUUCACAGCAGUUGAGACGAGAACUGUCGAUUGUCAGAUUUGUACAUGUCCAGUUAUCAGCAUGUGGUCCGAAUGGACUGAUAAUGGCGCUUGCACAACGACCUGUGGGCCUGGGACAAAGAUGCAGAUGAGGACCCGGACUUGUACCGGUUCCACCUGUUGCCCGCCUGGCUUCACAGCAGUUGAGAUGAGAACAGUCAAUUGUCAGAUUUGUACCUGUCCAGUGAUCGGCCCCUGGUGCCCGUGGGGUAAUACUGGUCCGUGUUCUGUGACAUGUGGAUGCGGGACACAGAUGCAGGCUCGCAGUCGAGUCUGUGUUAAUACUUGCACGCCCCCUGACUGUAUUACACGUGAGGAGAGAACGGUCAAUUGCAGCCAUGCCCCUUGUCCUACUGCGUGGACGACAUGGAACAGAUGGUCUGGGUCAGGUUCGACGACAUGGAACAGAUGGUCAGGAGCGUCAACAUGGAACAGAUGGUCAGGACCGUCGACAUGGAACAGAUGGUCAGGACCGUCGACAUGGAACAGAUGGUCAGGAGCAUCGACAUGGAACAGAGGGUCAGGAGCGUCGACAUGGAACAGAGGGUCAGGAGCAUCGACAUGGAACAAAUGGCCGGGGUCGACAAGGAACAGAUGGCCGAAAUGGAACAGAAGGCGCGGUUCCUUUGGGAACAGAAGGCGCGGUUCCUUUGGGAACAGAAGGGCAGGAUCAGGAGGAAAUAGGAGGAGAUUUUAUCGUGGCUAGGUACAACCAUGCAGAAGAAAUUCUGACACACGUGUAAAACUCACUCAAGCGAUCGAAGUAAAAGGUGCAACUUA